AAAAUUAUUUUGAAAGCCAGUAUCCAACAUUAAUCAUCCUUGAAGAUGGAAAAUCGUCCUUCAGCUAUGAUCACCAAUGGCAAAACUGCUUUCUCAACUCCAACUUCCACACACGAAGGAGACGCUGGAAAACCUGAAAUUCGUCUACAUCCACAAAUUCCAGGAUGGUUUUCAGAAUAUUCUCCACUAUGGCCAGGACAAGCUCACUUCUUCAAGGUAGAAAAGAUUUAUUUCCAAGGGAAAUCUAAAUACCAGGAUAUGCUAGUUUUUCAGUCAUCAACUUAUGGUAAGGUUUUUGUUCUUGAUGGAGCACUCCAACUGACAGAGAAGGACGAAUGUGCUUACCAAGAAAUGAUCACUCACCUUCCUCUUUGCUCUAUCCCUAACCCAAAAAAGGUGUUGCUUAUAGGUGGUGGAGAUGGUGGCAUCCUAAGGGAAAUUUCCCGUCACUCGUCUGUUGAACAAAUCGACAUAUGUGAAAUUGACACCAUGCUCAUUGAUGUGUAUAAAGAAUAUUUCCCAGACGUGGCGGUUGGGUACAAAGACCCUCGAGUGAAGCUUCACAUCAUAGAUGGAACUCUCUUUUUGAAUUCUGUAGCAAGAGGAACCUAUGAUGCCAUAAUAGUGGAUGCCUUCGACCCAAUAAGGCCUGAUCAUGAGCUAUUUGAAUGUGAGUUUUUUGAACUGGUUUCUAUGGCUCUUCGACCUGGAGGAGUUCUGUGCAUCCAAGCAGAGAGUAUUUGGUUUGAGUCAUUGGAUAUUGAAGAACUCUUCACCAAAUGUCACCAAACUUUAAAAGGUUCCUCUGAUUAUGCUUGGACAACUGUUCCUGCAUAUCCAAGUGGGGUCAUUGGUUUCUUGCUGUGCUCCACCGAAGGUCCUUAUGUCGACUUCCGAAAUCCAAUCAACCCCAUCGAUCCCGAAAAUUAUGGCAUAUCAAACCAACCCUUGAAGUUUUACAACUCAGAAGUUCAUUCAGCUGCGUUUUGCUUACCAUCUUUUGCCAAAAGGUUCUCAAAUGCCAAAGCUACUAAAAGGCCGUAGUAUGAACAAGACAGAGACAUGUUCACGUAGUUGCAAGCAUGUGUACUAAUACCGACAACACUGCAUGCCUCAUUCAUACCCUUUCCGACAACAUUUGAAAAUUCCUGCCAUUAUUGUUGUGCCAAGAUUUUUUAAAAGAAAUCGUACUUUGUUAUACUUCAACGUUCAAGUGUGUUAUCUUAAGAAAAUAACUACUCCAUAUGCGUUGCCAC